CCAACAGUGGAAAGGUUGCUGCAUGCAUCAGACGCAAAUCCCCCCAAUCCCUCAGUUCGGCCCUUUGCCGCCUGCUCCGAGCCUCCCCUUCUCCUUUUGCUCACCUGGACAAAGAAGGAGGCGGAAGAUCCAGGAGAUCCCAGCCAAGAUGGAGAGCCGGGCCAGGGAGUCCCAGCCAGAGACCGGGGCCCAGGCAGAAGGCUUCCUCCAGAGCCAGGCGGGGGAUGUGAAGCAGGACCCAUUGCAAGAUGCAGAAGAGGCCCCAGCAGUGCCUUGGCAGAGAUUCCUCUUUGGGGAGGACAAGCAGGAGGGCGAUGGAGGGGCCCCUUCGCUGGGCCCUGGGAGGAUGUCGGGUGGAUAUUUUGGGCUUUCCCUUCAAUGUGAUGGAGCAAACACACCCUCUGUGCAGCCAGAUCAGGUUCUGGUGACCUUUGAGGAUGUGUCUGUGGAUUUCUCGGAGGAGGAGUGGGCGCUGCUGGAUCCGGACCAAAGGGCUCUGCACAGGGAAGUCAUGGAGGAGAAUUAUGUGAACCUGGCCUCUCUCGGGCUUGUGAUUCCCAAACCUGAGUGUGACUCCUGGCCAGAAGAAGAGGAAGAUCCAUUCAGACAAGUUUUCAAGGAGGGAAACAGCUUGGCAGGUGACCGGAGGGAGCAAAAAGAAACUCAACAGCACAGAAGGAAAGUCAAAGUACAGAAGAAGCAGCAGAAAAAAUUCGUUUCUUUGGACAGAGCAGAUGUCAGUGAAAUUGACCUUACCAGUCAUGACAAAAUCCACACAGGGAAGAAACGAUAUAGCUGUUCUGCGUGUGGAAAGAGCUUCAGUAGAAAAGAAUCCCUGGGUUCCCAUCAAAGGAUCCACACAGGGGAGAAGCCAUAUAAAUGUUCUGAAUGUGGAAAGAGCUUCACAGUAAAGCCAUCACUAGUUUCCCAUCAAAGCAUCCACACCGGGGAGAAACCAUACAGUUGUUCUGACUGUGGAAAGAGCUUCAGACAGAAAAAAAACCUGGCAUCCCAUCAAAACACCCACACAGAGGAGAAGCCAUAUAAAUGCUCUGAAUGUGGAAAGAGAUUCAGAGUCAGCACAUCCCUGAUUUACCAUCAAAAAAUCCACACAGGAGAGAAACCAUAUAAAUGCUCAGAGUGUGGAAAGGGUUGCAGGAAGAACUCGACCCUUGCUAUCCAUCAAAGAAUCCAUACCGGAGAGAAACCAUAUAAAUGCUCAGAGUGUGGAAUGAGCUUCAGUAGCAGUGGAAGUCUUACUACCCAUCACAGCAUCCACACAGGGGAGAAGCCAUAUAAAUGUUCUGAAUGUGGAAAGAGCUUCACAGCCAAGCCAUCACUAGUUUCCCAUCAAAGAAUCCACACAGGAGAGAAACCAUAUAGCUGUUCUGAGUGUGGAAAGAACUUCAGACAGAAAAAAAACCUGGUUUCCCAUCAAACAACCCAUACAGAGGAGAUGCCAUAUAAAUGCUCUGAAUGUGGAAAGAGCUUCAGAGCCAGGAAAUCCCUGAUUUACCAUGAAAAAAUCCACACAGGACAGAAACCAUAUAAAUGCUCAGUGUGUGGAAAGGAUUUCCGAGAGAACUCACACCUUACUUGUCAUCAAAGAAUCCACACAGGGGAGAAACCAUGUAAAUGUUCUCUGUGUGGAAAGAGCUACAGAGUCAUGUCUUCCCUGGCUUACCAUCUAACUAUCCACACAGGGGAGCUCCCAUUUAAAUGCUCUGAAUGUGGAAAUGGCUUCAGAUCCAGCAUACGCCUUAUUUCCCACCAAAGAAGACACACAGAGCAGAAACUAUUUAAAUGUCCGACGUUGUUUGAACCCCCAUCGCUGCCCGCCCCUGAGGAUGCAAAGAAAGAGAGACCCGCACCUGCGCCGUUUCCCAACCCGCGCUGGAAACGGAACCCGUGUCGGUGCAUCCACACACAAAAGGGGGAGGGGUCGGAGCACUCUGCCCCGAGGAAGCGGCAUGCAGAAAGGGUUAAAGGCAGCGAGUCUGCACGCCUAGAGGGGGGUGGGGGAGGAGGAGUGGGGAGUCGCUUACUGCAAGAACCCCCCCCCCCCCGGGAAAGAAGGUGGCCUUGCUGCUUGCACCUCCCUCGCAUCCCCCCCCCCCCCCGCCAUCCCUCGGUUCAGCCUCACCUGUUCUGCUGUUGUUCUCCUCUACAAAGAAGGAGGGAGAAGAUCGAGGAGAUCCCAGCCGGCUGCUGUGCCCCUGAGAUGGAGAGCUGGGUGAGGGAAAACGGACGGGAGACCAGAUCCCAGGCGGUGGCCCUGGCAGAAGGCUUCCUCCAGAGCCAGGCCGGGACCGUGAAGCAGGAAGAGCAGGGGCCGCUGGAAGGAACAGGGGAGGCGCUGGCAGUGCCUUGGCAGAGAUUACUGUAUUGGGAGGUCAAGCAGGAGGGCGAUGGAGGUGACGUUUGGCUGGGCACUGGAAGGACAUCAAAUGGAUGUUCUGAGACUUGUCUUCAGUGGAAUGGAGUACAUUCUCCAUGUAUGCAGCCAGAUCAGGAUCUGGUGACCUUUGAGGAUGUGUCUGUGGAUUUCUCAGAGGAGGAGUGGGCCCUGCUGGAUCCGGGCCAAAGGGCUCUGCACAAGGAAGUCAUGGAAGAGAAUUAUGGGAACCUGGCCUCUCUGGGGCUUGUGAUUCCCAAGCCUGAGCCUGCCUCCUGGCUGGAAGAAGGGGAAGAUCCAUUUGGGAAGGUCUCUGCAGAAGAAGUGAGAUUGGCAGGGCAGAAAAGCAAGGGAAGAGAAGAAGAGCAGAAAAGAGAAAUGGAAGAAAAGCAGAUGUGGAGGGAGGAAUCCGCUGCUUCUGAGAGUGCCAGCCGCCUGGGAAUUGCAAUGCAACAAGAAAUUUACAGACCGCGGGAAAAAAUUACAUUCCCUCUGUGGGAAGACUUCUUAAUUGGACCGUCAGACCCCAGCAUACAACCGAGCAGGUCAAAUGGGGAGGAGCUGUUGAAACUGGCAGAGUGUAAGAACUUAAUUCUGAAUAAAACUUUUACCUUUCACAAAAGAUCACACACCGAGAAGAAGGUGCACAAAUGCUCAGUGUGUGGAAAGAGCUUCAACAGGAAGGACCAUUUCACUGCACAUCAGAGAGCACACACUGGUGAAAAACCAUACACAUGUUCUGAGUGUGGGAAGAGCUUCAGUCUCAGCUCAGGACUCACUUCCCAUCAAAGAAUCCACACAGGAGAAAAACCCUAUACAUGCUCAGUGUGUGAAAAGAGUUUUAGCCAUUAUUCUACCCUCACUUCCCAUCAGAGAAUCCACACUGGGGAGAAACCAUAUAUGUGUACAGAAUGUGGAAAGCGUUUUAGUCACAGUUCAAGCUUUAAUUCCCAUCAAAGAAUCCACACAGGUGAAAAACCGUAUAAAUGCUCUGAAUGUGGAAAGAGAUUCAGUAACACCUCAGGUUUUGCUGACCAUCAAAGAAUCCACACAGGAGAGAAACCAUAUCAGUGCGCUGAGUGUGGAAAGAGAUUCAGCCUCAACAAAGGACUCACUUCCCAUCAAAAGAUCCACACAGGAGAGAAACCAUAUAAAUGCUCAGAAUGUGGAAAAAACUUCAGUCACAGUUCAGGUCUUUCUUACCAUCAAAGAAUCCACACAGGGGAGAAACCAUAUAAAUGUUCUCACUGUGGAAAAGGUUUCAGAGAAAGUGGAAAACUUAGUUCCCAUCUAAGAACUCACACAGGAGAGAAACCAUACAGCUGUUCCUCAUGUGGAAAGAGUUUCAGUCACCAUUCAGGUCUUGCUUACCAUCAGAGAGCCCACACAGGGGAGAAACCAUACAACUGUUCAGAAUGUGGGAAGAGUUUCAGUCACAGCUCAAGGCUUACUUCCCAUCAAAAAAUCCACAUGGAAGAAAUUGUAUACGUGCUUUGAAUGUCCUCAAUAUACAUCAAGGAAUUCACACUGGAAAGAAACUGUAUGCUUGCUUGGAGUGUGAAAAGAGCUUGCUUGCUUGCUAAUAUAUUUAUUUAUCUAUUUAAAACAUUCUUUGAUGGGAAGUUAGCUUCAGCCACAACUCAGACCUCACCAUCAAAGUGUCUGCACAAGGGAGAAACUAUGCAAACGCUAAAAGUGUGGGAAAAGUUUCAGAGAAAGUGGAAAACUUGCUUCCCAUCAAGGAAUUCACACGGGAGAGCAACCAUUAAAAUGCUCUGAAUGUGGAAAGAACUUCAGGGAGAAGGAAAAACUCAUUUCCCACCAAAUAAUCUGCACUGGAGAGAAACUAUAUCAGUGCCCAGAGUUUGGAAGGCACUGAGAGCGGAAAUCUUAUAUCCCAUAAAAAAAAUCCACACAAGGGAGAAACUGUAUAAAUGCUCAGAAUGUGGAAUGCACUUCAGUCAGGCCUCAGGUCUUGCUUCUCAUCAAAGAAUCCUCAUUGAAGAAAUUGUAUACAUGCUUUGAAUGUCCUCAAUAUACAUCAAGGAAUUCGCACUGGAAAGAAACCAUACAAAUGCUUAGGCCUUUAUUCCCAUCAAAGAAUCCACACAGGGAAGAAGCCUUUUGAUGGGGUUCAGUUGACUCUUGCGGACUUGGUUAAGAGCUUAGGGGUUAUAUUGGAUCUGAUGCUGCAGCUAGAGAAGCAGCUGAAAAAAAUACCUUCUUACAACUCAAUCUAGCCCUUGACAUGGCUUAUCUGGCCACCAGGGUCCACGCCAUAGUAACAUUGAGACUAGACUAUUGUAAUACACUUUACACAGGUCUCCCCUCAAAAUCAACCCAGAGACUCUGGUUGGUGCAGAACACUGCGGCUUCAUAAUUAUCAAGAGCUAGGCGGGGCAUGCAUAUUACUCCCAUUCUACAGUCACUCCAUUGGCUGCCCAUCUGUUCCCAGGUUCAAUUCAAGGUUUUGGCUAUCACAUACAAAGCCCUUCCCGACCUGCCUGAAGAGGUUAGGAAAGCUCCCACUCUCUUGGCUUUCCACAAACUGUGCAAAAUUGAAUUAUUCAGAUAAUAGGACUGUGCUGUAAGAAAUGGGUCAGAGAAAUGCUUAGGUAAAAAGGAACAGGAACUGUAGACUAUGCUACUAAGUACCAUUUGUGGCUGCAAGUAUGCUCCUACUGGAUAGUUUCUGCAUCAUUUAAUAAUGUUAAAUUGCUUAUCUUUUCCAGCAUGAUUUCAGCUCUGUAUUGGAUUUCUGUUUGUUUGAAAAUGUCUGUAAUCCAUACUUCAUUGUAUGGUUUAUUGACUGUCCUACCAAUUGAUCAUAUUGACUUACACUGUGCAAUCUACUUUGAGUUUCAGUGAGAAAGGCAAACUAUAAAUAAUGUUAAUUGAAAAAUAAAUAAAAGCCAUAUAAAUGCUCAGAAUGUGGAAAGAGCUUCAGCCACAGGGGAUACCUUACUUACUGAUAUAUUUGAAUAACUCAAGUUUGUACACAUCUGUUCUUGUGUACUUUUAAUGACUCUUAAUAAUAACAUAACAUAAAUAACAUUUGAUUUAUAUAUCACUCUUCAGGACAACUUAACAUCCAGUCAGAGUGGUUUACAAAGUGUGUUAUUAUUAUCCUCACAAGAAUCACCCUGUGAGGUGGGUGAGGCUGAGAGAGCUCUGAAAGGGCUGUAACUGACCCAAGGUCACCCAUCUGGCUUCAAGUGAAGGAGUGGGGAAUCAAACCUGGCUCUCCAGAUUAGAGUCCUGCCGCUAUUAACCACUACAACAAACUGGCUCUCAAAGAAGUUCAGAGCAGGUUAAAGAAAAAUAGAAAGUUCUUUUUAUAUCAACAGCCAAUUUACUGGUUACAGAAAAGAUAAGAUGUAAUAAGAUAAGAUAUAUUGCAUUUUAAUCAUUCUUAAUAGCUAAAUAUACCCUUUAUAGGAAAAGUUGAAGGCAGUAGGAAAAGAGGAAGACCCAGGAAUAGAUGGCUUGACUCAAUAAAGGAAACCAUGUCCUCCAGUUUGGAAUAUCUUAGAAUCAUAGGGUUGGAAGGUACCUCUAAGGUCAUCUAGUCCAACCUCCCGCACAAUGCAGGAAAUUCAAAGCUAUCCCCCAACAUGCACCCUGUGACCCUUACUGCAAGGGUCUGAGAAAGCCUGUUAAAGUUAAAUAGUAAAGCGUCCAGU